AUGCUGUUUAACGUCCGUCUGGCCAUCGUGGCCACGAUGCUCCUGGGCGUCGCCCUUGCCGAGCACACGAACAACUGGGCAGUCCUGGUCGGCACGUCGCGCUUCUGGUUCAACUACCGCCACAUGGCCAACGUGCUGGCCAUGUACCGAACCGUCAAGCGACUCGGCAUCCCCGAUUCGCAGAUCAUCAUGAUGCUCCCCGACGACAUGGCGUGCAACCCUCGAAACUCCUUCCCCGGCACCGUGUACAGCAACUCGAACCGCGCCGUCGACCUCUAUGGCGACAAUAUCGAGGUGGACUACCGAGGGUACGAGGUCACCGUGGAGAACUUCAUCCGGCUCCUGACCGACCGCGUUGGACCCGACACGCCCAGGAGCAAGCGCCUGCUCACAGACGACCGAAGCAACAUCCUGGUGUACAUGACGGGCCACGGAGGCAACGAGUUUUUGAAGUUUCAAGAUGCCGAGGAAAUCGGUGCAUGGGAUCUGGCGAAUGCGUUCGAGCAGAUGUGGGAAAAGAAGAGAUACCACGAGAUCCUCUUUAUGAUCGACACGUGCCAGGCAAAUACCAUGUUCAGCAGGCUGUACUCCCCCAACAUCAUCGCGACCGGCUCCUCGAAACUUGACCAGUCCUCCUAUUCGCACCACGCCGACAAUGACGUUGGCGUGGCCGUCAUUGACCGAUACACGUACUACAACCUCGAGUUCCUGGAGGGGCAGGUCAAGGACAUCAACAGCAAGAAGACGAUGGGCGAGCUGUUCGACAGCUACGAUAUCAGCAAGAUUCAUUCCGAUCCUGGCAUGCGCUACGACCUCUUCCCCGGGGGCGCCGACGCGGCACGCGGCCGCCUCAUCACCGACUUCUUUGGAAACAUUCAAAACGUGGAGGUGGACAAGUCAAAGGACCCCGGUUUCGACGAGGACAUGCUCGAGUUGAGCAAGACCAUUGCUCGAUUGAUGAAAAAGGCAGAGGAGGAAGAGGCUGCCGCACGUAACCAGACUGCUAGCAUGCCAGCCAGCGUGCCCACCGAGCCUGCAAAGAAGAUACUAGGGGCCACUGCGUUGACAGAUGAUAGCUGGUGGUCAAAGAAGGUGAUCGGGGCGUCUGCGUUGGCUGGGUGCGCUCUGCUCUGGGGCCUUGCAGGAUCUCUGCACUACGAAGAUGCAACGAUCGCAGGUAAAUACGAGGUGGCGGUCAUCACGAUCCGCCCUUUGAAGCCACUAUCGCUCAGCCCGCGACCGCUGACAUCGCACGCGAUAGCCUGGUCCUGCGAUGCUGAGCUGGCGGUGGCCACGGACGACACGGUUCACAUCUUCCUUCCCGAGUACAACAACCAAAACGAUGAAUCCGAAAUUGCCAUCCAAAGCCAGUUCACGCUGUCCAUCAGCGCAGCGAAUUGCUUCAUGCCAUUGACGGGUGUCAACAACCAACUCUGCGCUCAAGCUGGCGUCACCCUGCCGCCCACCAAUCUCACUUUGAAGCAGGAUGGCAUCACUCCAGGGUUCUCGAAAAGCGCUGUGACCGGUCGAGGGACGGUCUCACAAGUGGUCAGGGUGGAAUGGUCGCCCAACGGACUCGGGGCGAACCUGCGUCCCAUUCUCAUGGUCAUGACAACAAGUGGCGAGCUGUUUGCACUGGGCGAACAGGAUGACUCUGCUGCGUCUGGCGUCGCAUCAUUCCAGACGCGCAACACCAAGAUGUGGAAGAUACUCUGGGGCAUCGGUGCUGGCAUGCCCAUUCCAGCGGAGGACCACGAAGGUGCGUACCGCACGAUGGAUGAGCGCAUCGUGGGCUUUUCGUGGGCAAAGGAGGCUGCCCCUGGGCAAGCCUUGCUGGCAUAUGAGACAGACCAAGAUGAGAUUGUGGUCAUGAGCAUUCAGCAUGUCACCCAGCCAGGAGGUGGCCAUGUGUGGCAAGUUCGGGAAGCGGCUCGCUUUGAUGGCGAGGGACCCCAUGGCGUACGUAUGCUGGGAUUGAAGUUCGCUGUGCCGAGAGCUGACAGUCCCCAGAGACAAGACGAUUUAGAUCCCGACUUCCAGCCAUGCCAGACGGCCUUUGGGUUGAGAUGGAGUCCCUGGGUGCUCUCGGGAGGAAGCCGAGUCGCCGCGUUGGCACAUAUAACCCGGAAUCACGUCAGUUUCCGCAAAGUCAGUCUUCCAAGAAAAUGGGAGAGAGGCAGUGAGCCCAAAGUGGUGGUGGCAGAGACAGACAGUCUUGCAAUCUGCUUGGGUCUGUCUGCUGAUGCCUUUGUGGAGUGGGAGGACACCGUUUGGAAUGAAGGAAAGUCAAGGUUGGCCCGAGGAGUGAUAUGCACGCCGUAUCAAGUGGCGCCUUUCCAGCUUGACCUGCUUGACGAUCCCAAGCCGCUGAUGCCAGCGCACUCAUGCAGGGAUUGCUCAACGACUUAUGCUGCAACUACAACCAUGAACCCGAUCACUGGCUUGGUCGUGUAUCCCACAGAUCCUAGCCAAAAGACGGAACUUCCACUGUAUAUGGCUGUCCGAUCAUCCGUCACCGCUAAGAACCAGGACUGGUACGAAACGAACGACAUUGAAGGCCAGUUUCCGACUCCGUUAUGGGUACGAUCUUUAAGUCGAAAGCCUACGCGCACGGGUACCCGCUACGAAGCUCCGCAGGCUUUCGCAGAUUCAGGUUCGGAAGAGUCGUCGUCAGACGAGGAGGAGGCGGAAGGCGAACGAAUCGACGAUGAAGGGAUGGGAAACGGUGCUAUGGAAGGCGUUCAUCGAAAAGGGGCAGAGAAGAGCCCCAAGAAGAAGAUACCCCUCCUUCGAUACCGGCUCCAAGGCCUCGCUAUAUCCCCAGGGGGCGGCUGCUCUGCAGUACUCGUCGAGAAGCAAAGCACAGUAUACCCUGGCCGGAAAGCGACUUGCAAAGUCUACUUCUCUCACAAGGUGAACAAGGCGGACGACGACGAGCGGUCUCCGCUCGACGCCAGUAGCAAGAAAUUGACUACCGAGGCUCGCACGUGGGAGUGGAUGUACGGCGGAGGCGAUGAUGUACCGGGGGUCACGGUGCCCAUCGAUCAUGCCAUGCUGGAGGGUCACUCGCCGAUGCGAGACUUUUUCAAACUACUCAAGGCGAAGCAGAAGUGUCCGCUCUGCCAGGAAAAGGUGAGACUUGAGGGACUGGAAGCUAGGUGCUCCAACAAUCAUACAUUCGCCUCCUGCUCGUCUUCGGGCCUCGCAAUCCUGGCGCCGGAUGUAUCAAGGACCUGUGCUCUCUGUCGGAAUCGAUGCUUCAAGUACAGCGAGCUUGUCAGGCUGGCGACGGAGGAGUAUGGUCCUGCGGCCCCGUUGCCUGAACCUGGAGAGCUGUGCGGAUACUGUGGGGGAAAGUUUAUCAUCUAA